GGAGUGCGCGGUCUUUGUUGGCCACCCCCCCUCCCUGCCCCCGUCCAGACACGAGCGAGGGAGCAACAUGGCGACGCUCAUCCGCAGCAAGAUCUCCAAUGUGGCCACCUCGGUGUCCAACAAGUCCCAGGCGAAAGUCAGCGGCAUGUUCGCCCGCAUGGGCUUCCAGGCGGCCACGGACGAAGAAGCGGUGGGCUUCGUCCACUGCGACGACCUGGACUACGAGCACCGGCAGGGGCUGCAGAUGGACAUCUUGAAAUCCGAGGGGAGUGAAGAUGGAGGAGAGGCGCCCUUGGAAGGCGACAUCCACUACCAGAGAGAUGGCACUGGGCCGGGGUCCCUGGCCCCGUCCUCCUCCAAGGACGAAGGCGUGUGCUCCGAGCUGUCCGGCCAAGGGAAGCCCAGGAUCACAGCCUGGGAAGCCGGCUGGAAUGUCACCAACGCUAUUCAGGGGAUGUUUGUCCUUGGCCUGCCCUAUGCUAUUCUUCAUGGUGGAUACCUAGGACUGUUUUUAAUUAUUUUUGCAGCCGUGGUUUGCUGCUAUACUGGGAAAAUCCUUAUUGCCUGUCUCUAUGAAGAGAAUGAAGAUGGGGAGACAGUCAGGGUGAGAGACUCCUAUGUGGACAUCGCUAAUGCCUGCUGCACUCCCAGGUUUCCCUCGCUUGGGGGCAGGAUUGUGAAUGUGGCUCAGAUCAUAGAGCUGGUCAUGACCUGCAUCCUCUAUGUAGUGGUCAGUGGCAACCUGAUGUACAACAGCUUCCCAAGCUUACCAGUCUCCCAGAAAUCAUGGUCCAUCAUUGCCACAGCCGUGCUCCUGCCUUGUGCUUUCUUGAAGAACCUCAAGGCAGUCUCUAAGUUCAGCUUGCUCUGCACCUUGGCCCAUUUUGUCAUCAACAUUUUGGUGAUUGCCUACUGUCUCUCCAGAGCCCGUGACUGGGCAUGGGACAAAGUCAAGUUUUACAUUGACGUGAAGAAGUUUCCCAUCUCCAUUGGCAUCAUCGUCUUCAGCUACACCUCCCAGAUCUUUCUGCCUUCCUUAGAAGGGAACAUGCAGAACCCCAAGGAGUUCCACUGCAUGAUGAACUGGACUCACAUAGCUGCUUGCAUCCUGAAAGGACUCUUUGCCUUGGUAGCCUAUCUGACUUGGGCCGAUGACACAAAAGAAGUCAUCACAGACAACUUGCCAUCCACCAUCAGGGCCGUUGUUAACCUUUUCUUGGUGGCAAAGGCCUUGCUCUCCUAUCCAUUGCCCUUCUUUGCAGCUGUGGAAGUCCUGGAGAGAUCCCUCUUCCUAGAUGGAAACAGGUCCUUCUUCCCUAAUUGCUAUGGGGGUGAUGGGAGGCUCAAAGCCUGGGGGCUUACCCUCAGGUGUGCUCUUGUUGUGUUCACCUUGUUGAUGGCCAUUUAUGUCCCACAUUUCGCCCUCCUGAUGGGCCUCACAGGGAGCCUCACAGGUGCAGGCCUCUGUUUCCUCCUUCCCAGCCUCUUCCACCUCAAACUCUUGUGGCGGAAGCUCUUGUGGCACCAUGUCUUCUUCGAUGUGGCCAUUUUUGUAAUAGGUGGUAUAUGCAGUGUGUCUGGGUUCAUCCAUUCUUUAGAAGGUCUAAUUGAAGCUUAUGGAACCAAUUCAGAAGACUAAAGGAUGGGUUGAGCUGGUUGUGUUAAGAUGGAGGAGAGAGAGAAUCACACUGAACAUCCACAUAGCCAAAUGAUGAUGCAUCCCCAUGAAGGAGAAAUGUUGUUAUUUUAGUUAUGUACACCCAGCAAAUUCUAUCACAGAACCUUAAGCAAAGCUUCCAGAUCAAAUACUUACCCUGCAGACUUUUUAAAUAAACUAAGCCUGAAAAAUAAAUAUAUUUUGUAUUAUUUAGAUAUUAUCAGAGAGAAAAUAUUCAAAAUAUUCCCCUUUUCCCAUUCAUUCAAUAAUCUCUAUCUUUAUAAGGGAAGUAAAAUGCUCUAUAUGGAAAUAGUGAAGAGGUUUCAUGGUAAUAUUUUUUCAAGUUUUAUGCAAUUGAGUCUUGAUAAAAACAACAACAUAACUGUCAGCACAAUUGCUUGGGAUCAUUGCACUGGAACACUAGAGAACACACACAACCUGAUGAAGCCUAAUGCAAGACCUAGAUUGUACGAGCAACGAAUUAAAAUGGUUGUGAUGACCAACAAUGAGCCUAGCAAGCUGCAAUGUUUACAUUGUAUAUUUAAAACAACCAGUAAGGACUGCUUAAUACUUCCAUAUCAACUCAUGUCCAAUACCAGUGCUUCCCAUUUUGAAUAAGAAUCAUCUAGCCUCCAACUGAAAUCAGAGACUUGAAGUUCAGUUCUGGAUCAGGUUAUUUUUAUUUCUAAAUUACUUAAAUGAAUAAAUCAAUAAUCAAUUUGUUGGAUUUGAAAAGUAUUCUGGAUAUAAAGUAAAACACACACAAGAAAACCAUUCUGUGCAACUACCAGAUCUGUGGAGCUGUUUCAAAUGUAUGUGUGGUGUAAUUGUGGUAAAUAAGAUGACAAAUGUAUAUCAGAAAAAUUUAUCUUUAUCAUAUAAUGUGGUACAUAAAUAUAUCAAACAAUAAAGAGA